AUGAAGUCAUCCGCCCCCGAACGUUUCCGCCGUUUUACUGGUUUGGGGUGUGACAAGCUUGCCCAACGCCAAGUUGUUUUCGAUGAAGAUUUGGAAGGGUUGAAGCAGCUGCGGGCCCUUCAUGUGCAGACGGAGAAAGAAGCCAAGGAGUUGAAAGAAGAAGUAGUUGGUUUGUCGGAGAGGAACCGGAGUCUGGUGACGGAUUUGAGUCAAUCUAUUCGUCAGCAGGAGGAGCUAACAAAAGUUGAAUCAGGAUUUGCAACUGAAAAAUAG